UCGCCAGUCAGCUGGUUCAACCAGACUGCUGAUGGCGCCCUCGGAGGAGGCAAAGACCCUGACAAACACCAGGUCUGGAAGGGCCAAACCCAAAGACCAGGUGCUGGCAGAGGCCACUAAGUUUGUCACUGGCCAUGGUGGAGACCCAGCUGACAGAUUUCUGGUACUGGCUCACUGCCAGCUGCAGUUUGGCAUGUUCCAGGGCCAGAGAUUUAGAUGGCUCCUGGAGAACAGCCUUGGCUAUGCAGUGUAUUUACUGCACAGCAUUUCCAAGGAAACUGUGCAGGCAAACCCUCUGUCUGAGAACAAACAGCUGUUCCUGGAGUAUACCUCUCAGAUCAGCGAGAUGACGGUGGAACUGGAGAAGUUUAGCCGUAAGCAGGAGAUGCAGAGGAAGGCAAAGGACACUGGAGACCAGGGCUGUUUGAUGGUGGAGUUUGGAGAUUUUAAGGGUCGCUCCAUGAAGGAAGUGUAUGAGGACCAGAGCCAGAAGGCCCAGGCCCUCAUCAAUUACCUGAAGACUGCUGAUGCCCGGCCCAACACCAACAUGGCCAUUUUCAAGACCUAUGUGUUGAAGAGAUGCACUGCAGCCUCCACCCUCCCAUCCUCAGCCUCCGCUUCUGUUGCACGUGCACCUGCAGCCUCCACCCUCCCAUCCUCAGCCUCCGCUUCUGUUGCACGUGCACCUCCAGCCUCCACCCUCCCAUCCUCAGCCUCCGCUUCUGCCUCACGUGCACCUGCAGCCUCCACCCUCCCAUCCUCAGCCUCCGCUUCUGCUACACGUGCACCUGCAGCCUCCACCCUCCCAUCCUCAGCCUCCGCUUCUGCCUCACGUCCAGCAGUAUUACAAAGUGGCGCAUGGAAGUCCACUGUAAAAUCUCUGCUGGCACGUGGGACAAAUCUGUCUCCUUCAGAGCUGGUGAAAAAACUGACAUCACCAGUUAAACUCUCUCCAGUACCGCAGCUCACCUCAAAACCCCGGCAGAUUUUCCCUUCUGACUCUGCUGAGAUUGAUGAUGAGGAAAUGGUACUGUGCAGCGCAAUCUCUUGCAGCCACACGGUUGCCCGUGAGGCCUGUGCUGAUCCUCCACCAGCAGCUCUCUCCUGCACCAACCGCCAGCUGAAGCUGCCCAGUCACUGGAAGGAUCAGCUUCCACCCUGCCAGCAGGAGUGA